CAAAUCAAGGCGUUCUGCCAAGAUUUGUGGACGGCUUUCGCUCCCAUGCCCCUCUUUAUUACCUAUACAUAGGUUACCUAUUCUUUCCGGCCUCACAGACCGUUUGUUGUGCAUGUACCCCAUCGACUUUCCCCGUUUGCGGUUCGUGCUGCGCUUGUUUUCCUCUUAGUAUGUCCAGAUCUUGAGGAGAUGAACCUGGGACAGUGGUGGUACCCAAAAUGGUUGGGCUUCGUCCUCCUCGUGGCCAGUCAGUUCCCGUUUAACGCGGGGAUUGACAAUGGCAAGCGACCGCCAAUCACGGAGGUCACGGCGGAUAAGUUGGCUGACUUGGUUGAGGAUUCCGAGUACCUGGCCGUUCUAUUCUACGAUCCAGCCAAGUUGGGGAAUGUGAAUCAAGUGGUCCAUCAAUUGGAACAAGUCACUUUAGAGGGCAAGUACGAGACACCCAUCGUCAAAAUCGGAGACGAGGAUGAGUUCCAUUUGUAUGGCAUUAAAACCCGCCAUGAAUUGCCCGUACUUCUCUUGUUCGACGAUGGUGUUCCUGAGAGAUAUCGGGGACAGUCCUUCAAUCACAAGGAUGUGGAGCUGUGGAUCACGGACGAGGUCAAGAGCGACGAUAUUGAUGUGGUGGAACUGGACGUUCUGUGGAGCGUGGCAAAACUCUCGGAAGCCGUUUUAGCCAUAUUUUAUGAGGAAGACAACUCAGUUUUAGCGGGUGAGGAAGACGAGAUCCAGCACUUUUGCGAGCAAUACGAUAUCGCUUUGGCCAAGGUCGAAGGGAAGGCUCAAGCAGCGUCUUUUGGCUUCAAAGAUCUCCCAGCCAUCUCGUAUUUUGAAAAUGGCGUUCCCUCUAUCUAUGAGGAUUCUAUGGAAGAUAUGGAGACUCUUUUGGAGUGGAUUGAGGAGCAAAGGACCUCGGCCACGAUUGAAACCGUCUCGGAGCAAAUUCUCAUCCGAUUGGUGAAUGAAACUGAAUAUCUGGCCGUGUUCUUCACGGGUCCUUGCGACGAAAAGGCUCUCACAAAUAAGGAAUGCGAAACAGUCCUGGCUGAGUUAGAGAACAUUGACGAUGAGCUAGACGAAUUUGGGAUCCCUUUGGUCACGACCCAGGGGAUUAAAUAUGCGGGCACUCAGCUGGGCGUAAGAAAGAUCCCUGCUUUGGGACUGUUUCGUAACGGACAAUUUCUCCUUCAUGAAGGAACUUUGGACAACGAAAGGGAUCUUUUGAGUUGGUUGAUCGAUGAAGAGACCAUCGAGUUACCGGGUCAAAUCGAAAUUGUUGGACCUCAAAUGCUCAAGAGACUGAUUCGAGAAGAGGACCACGUGGCUGUGUUAUUCUAUGAUAAUAAAUCUGACAACCGGAAAACUGCCAAUAUUCUCCAAGGAUUGGAGACAAUUGACGAUGAUCUGGACGGGGAUGGUAUCGAAUUGGUCAAGUGCACCAAUACCAAGAUGUUAGCCACCACAUUUGGCUUGUUCAAUCCUCUCCCUGCCUUGAUCCUUUUUGACCAUCAGGUUCCAAUAGUGUUCCCUAAAGACGGGGACCUUCUCGAUGAAUCUGAUGUUCUCAUCUGGAUCCGGGAAAUGAAAGAGAAUGAAGAGAUUCCCUUGAUUGAACUACCAGCCCUGGAAAAAUUGGCAGUCAACGUGGAACAUCUCGUAGUGGUGUUCCAUGACCCAAACAAGCAAAAGCAACAGCAGUUCAUUGAAGACAUGGAGAAUGUGGACGAGGCUGCGGCAAGCUUAGAAAUGAUGAUGGUCAAAGUUGACGUGAUUGAAGCCGGCAAACGAUUCGGCAUCGACGUCUCACCAGCCGUGGUCUAUUUCGAAAAGAACGUUCCCAGUUUGUACGAUGAUGACUUUCACCCUGAAACACUACUUCAUUGGCUUCAGGAACAAUUAAUCGAGGCUCGGAUCAAGAAGAUUACACUCAAGAUGCUUGAUGAUCUUAUCAAACAAGAGGAAUACAUUGCUGUUUUGUUCUUGUCCAAUCAUGACACUCCAGAUCAUUGCGAGGAGCUGGAAAAUGAUUUGGACACGAUCGACGAGGAGUUGGAAAAGCUCGGGAUAAUCUUUGUCCAAAUUGAAGACCAAUCGUUUCCACAAAAGAUCAAAGCCCCAGAAGAUGAACACUUGGUGGUCUUUUAUAGAAACGGUCAAAAAAUUCUUUUUGAAGGCAAUAUUGAGUAUGAAAUGGCAGUCCUCAAGUUUCUGACCGACCUGAAUCAUAUCUUGCUACCUGAUCAAAUUGAAGAGGUGGGUUUGGCCUUGAUGGAACACAUGACCGAAGAACGUGAACAUGUGUUCGUGUUCCUAUAUACCAAAGGAGAUGGAAGGGCAAUUAAAGUCCUUAAGAAGUUAACUGCAAUCAACGAUAACUUGGAGAAUGACGGAGUGCUUUUAAUCAAAAGCUCAGAGGAUGGAAUUGCUGAAGAUUAUGGAUUGGGAUACAUUCCAAGAUUAGUCUAUUUUGAACGGAAGAUCCCCGAGCCUUACGUAGGUGAUCUCAUGAACGAAGGCCAAAUUCUGAAAUGGAUUUCAGACGAGUUGAAAAAAGACGAGAUCAAAUCGGUGACAAGGAACAUCCUUGAAGGCUUAUUGGACAAGUUUGAUCACAUCGGAGUGCUUUUUGUCGAUGACGAGGACAAAGAAGAAUUCAAGAUUAUUCAAGACCUGGAGAAGUAUCAUAAUGAAUUCACGGACGCGGGGCUGACUCUCGUUCAAGUGGAUGAUCCCGAUUUCGAGCAAGAAAUGGGACUGACCGACCUCCCAGCAUUGGUUCAUUUCAAGGAAAAUAUACCGUGUCUUUACUACGGCGAAGAGUCCAAGGAGUCCAUUUUUGAAUGGAUGACCUUUAUGGCUGAGGAGAACGUGAUUGAAAAUGUCACCACAGAAAUCCUGGCCAAACUGAAAGAAGACGAGGAGUACCUUGGAAUUUUUUUCAGCGGUCCAUGCCACUCUGAGGACUGUCAAGAGGUUGUCCAAAACCUGGAGGAGAUUGACGAUGACCUUGAAGCCAUCGGGAUUAGCUUUGUGCGCAUGCAAAAUACCGAAUAUGCUCAAAGCACAUUGGAAAUUGAGAAGUUCCCAGCCUUGGGAUUGUUUCGUAAUGGGGCCUUUCUUAAGUAUCGAGGCAGCCUUAGUGAGUCGGAGCCAAUCAAAAGAUGGUUCGUUAGCCAUGGUAACCUCAAGGUCAAAAACCAGAUCGAAAAAGUGAACACCAAAAUGCUCAAAUACUUUUACGAAACGGAUGACAAGCUCGUGGUUCUGUUUUACGACGAGAAAGCCCGUGAUUCCGACGAAAUCAUCCAAGUCAUGGAGACCAUUGACCACAAAUUGGACAAACUUGGGAUCUCCAUGGUUCGGAGUUCAGAUCCUGGAACAGAACUCCAAUACGGAAUCACAGAAUUACCCGCCCUUGUUUAUAUUAAGAGUGGAAUUCCUGGCAAGUAUAGAGGAGAUGUCAUGAACGCCAGUGAAGCUUUCAAAUGGAUCAAAACUGAAGCCAAUACGACCAGAAUGCAUGAGGUGAACGACAUUGUCCUCACAAAAUUGGUGGAGAAAUUUGAUCACAUAGCAGCUGUCUUCUAUGAUAUGGAGGAAGACCCCACCGUGGAAAAUCUUCAGCAGAUUGCUCCAGAAUGCCAAGAGAAUGACAUUGCCAUCGUGAUGAUCAAGGACGAAGAGGAAGCCGGUCGAUUGGGCUUGGAUAAUUUGCCAAAACUUGUUUUCUACCAUUCCGAAAUUCCGUCCGUGAUGACGGCCAAUAUCGACAAUCCUGAUGACACGUUUGACUUCCUGCAAAGGCACAAAUCCGCCUCAUUCAUCGAAGAAGUGAGUGACAACAUGCUUGAAGAGCUCAUUGACAAACACCAGUUUGUAGCCGUAUUCUUCCGUGGUGAUGGUUGUCCCACCGAUUCUGAGCACGAUAAUGAUGAUGAUAAUAAUGAUAAUGAAGAAGGUGAAAAUGAUCCACCUCGAUCCUCGAAACAAUCCAGAGUCAAUUGCGACAAGAUACUGGCAGAAAUGGAAACUAUCGAUGACGACUUGGAUGAUAUUGGUAUUAUCAUUGUCACCACGGCGGGAUUUGAGGUGGCCAAAGAUAAUGGUGUUCGGGAGUUUCCAGCAUUAGGCUUAUUUAGAAAUGGCCAUUUCAUCCAAUUUGAAGGCAAUCAAGAGAACGAGAAGCAUAUCUUGAAAUGGUUGACCGACGAAGAUACACUAAAAAUCAUUGGUGUCAUUGACGAAGUAAACAUUCCAAUGUUGGAAAACAUCUUGGUGGAACAGAACGACGCUUUUGUGUUUUUCUACAAUAACUUAGACGCUGAAGCCCAUGUCAUCCUGGAAGAGUUGGAACAAAUCGAUGAGAAACUCGACAAGCAAGACCUGACAAUGGUGAAGAUUGCAGACCCUGAAGCAAAAGACACAUAUGGGAUUGAGGCCUUCCCUUCUUUAGUCUAUUUUGAAGAAGGGGUGCCCGUGGUCUAUGAGGGUGAUCUGUUCAAUGACAAUACCGUCAUGAAGUGGAUGAAGGCCAUCUUAAAACAAGAGGAAAUCAAGAACGUCACCACUUUGGUACUGAGGAAGCUCAUCGAACGAGAUCGAACAAUGGCGGUUCUAUUCUUUGACGAAGAGGGAGAGAUGGAUGGGAAAGUAUUGGCAGAAUUGGAAAAAAUUGACGACGACAGCUCCAGAUUUGGAAUCAGCUUUGUCAAGGUGGCUGAUAAGGAGGAGGCGAGCUAUUAUGGCAUUCAAGAUAGACCUGGAUUAUUGUAUUUUGAAAAUAAGAUCCCUUCCAUUUACGAUGGGGAUCUCUUGAAUGAAGACAGUCUGCUGGAAUGGUUGAUUGAGCAAAAAACCACCGAUACCAUUGAAGAGGUAACCGAUACCAUCCUGGAGAAGCUGGUUUUAGAAGAAGAAUUUAUAGCCGUGUUUUUCUCGGGACCUUGUGAAGCAGAUGAUCCUUGUGCACUCAUACUGCAAGAGCUGGAAACCAUUGAUACCAUAAUUACUGACUUAGGGAUCAUGCUGGUGACGACCGAAGACAGAAGUUUCGCCCGACAGCAAUCUGUUCGAGGAUUUCCAGCAUUGGGAUUGUUCAAGAAUGGAGAGUUUGUGGUGUAUGAAGGUGAUCUAUUCGACGAGAUGAUGAUCCUCAGUUGGAUCUCGGACAAAGAGACGCUUGACGUUAACGACAAGAUAGCAGAGAUCAACCAAAACAUGUUGGAGCACCUAAUCGAGACCGAAACUCACUUGUUGGCUUUCCUCUAUAAAUCUCACUCCAUCCGCGAUAAUGCCAUUGCUCAAAAAUUGGAGAAGAUACGCGAAAACAAGAGCUUCCAGGAGAAAAGCAUCGAUCUUGUGAAAUGCUCGGACAAAAACGUUGAAAAGGCUUUUGGAUUGGGCUCUCUGCCCACCUUGGUUCAUUUUAGUCGAGGGAUUCCUUUGGUUUAUGAGGAUGACAUUGAGAAGGAAAAAAAAGUCCUGUCAUGGAUCAUGCAUACUACACAAUUGGAUGAAAUCGAAGAGGUCACAGCUCCAAUUUUGGAUGUCUUGGUGGAACAAACGAACAAUUUGGCCGUGCUCUUUUUUAACAAAUCUGAAGAAGAUGAUGUUGCAUUCAUAAAAGACCUGGAAGGUUUUGAUGAUGAAUGCGACUCUCUCAGCAUUUCAUUAGUCAAGAUCAAUGAUGAAAGUAAAGCCCUCGAGUUUGGGAUCGAAGCUACUCCAGCCAUAGUUUACUUCGAAAAUGGCCUGCCCAGUUUGUGUCCAAAUGAGUUCUUGGAUAUGGCCAACGAAACGUUCUUUUGGCUUCAGGAACAAAAGAAGUUCGCCAAAAUCCCGCAAGUCACCGAUGUGCUAAUGGAGAGAAUAGUUCAAGAAUCUGAAUAUGUCGUUGUUCUGUUCUUGGGAUUCUGCAAGGAAUCUAGUGAUGAUUGCCAACUUCGUCAAAAUUUUGCCCGAGAAGCUCUGGAAGAGAUCACUGAAGAAUUGACCGAGAUUGGUUAUGCCUCUGUAAUGAAUCUGGAGCGAAUGGCUGCUUUUCAAACCCAUAACAUCACUGAAUUUCCAGCCAUUGCUCUCUUCAAGAAUGGAUUGUUUGAAAAAUACCCCGGGGACAUACAGAACCUCCACGAGAUCUUGAGAUGGUUAUCUAAUGUGGAAACCAUUGAGAUCCUGGGCCAAAUUGAACACGUAAACCGAGAGAUGCUCAAAUACCUGGUGGAAAUGGAAGAUGAUCUGGUGGUUUUCUUUCACGAAGCCUCCGACAAAUCGGUUGAAGACAUCUUGGAGCGUUUGAAAUCAGUGGAUGACAAUCUUGAAAGUGAACGAGUAUCAUUUGUGAGAUGCUCAGAUGUAUCAGCAUUGGACGAUUAUUCCCUGACCAUGAAACCGUCCAUCGCAUAUUUCAAACGUGGUAUUCCAUUGGUUUACAUUGGAGAUCUUCGCAAUGAUGAUUCACUCUUAGGCUGGGUUACCCAAGAACUUCAAUCAGAGCACAUUGCCGAGGUAAAAGCCAACAUUUUGGACUCUCUUUUGGAACGAGUUGAGUUUGCCGCCAUUUUGUACUCCAAUGGCAAAUCUCAAGAAACCACCCAAGUCAUUGACACUCUUACUCCUUUAGAUGAAGAAUGCAAAAUGCAUGAUAUCGUAAUGGCGCAAAUAUCCGAUCCGGACAUCUUCAAAACCCUAGGGAUCGAAGAGACGGUGGUUUUAGUGUAUUAUGAAAACAACAUUCCCUUCCUCUAUCCAGGAUCCUUGUCCGAUGUGAAAUCCUUGAAAGAAUGGUUGAUCUACCAACGAAACAUGGCUUCCAUAGAGGAGGUCACGGAUGACAUGCUGGAGGAGAUCAUUCAAGAGAACGAAUUUGUAGCCGUCUUAUUUCUAGGAUUGUGUUCUGACGAUGACGAAGGUGAAACAGAGGAAUACUGUGACACAGUGGUCGAGAACCUGGAGACUAUUGACAGCUCCUUGGACGAAUUUGGCAUCGUUUUGGUCAUGACAAAAGAGAUUGAACGAGCUCACGAGCAAUGGAUAUCCAAAUUCCCUGCCAUAGCAUAUUACAGAAACGGCGAGUUCAUGCGGUACCCGGCGGAAGUGAGCAAUGCUCGUGCCGUAUUAAGGUGGUUAACUUCCAUUAAAACCAUGGAUUUGGCGGAUAGAAUCAUCGAUGUCAAUGCGAUGACGUUGGAUAAGCUUAUUGAACGAGAGAGCUCCAGCAUGUUUGUGCUCUUUUAUGAGGAAAGAGAUAUCUUAGCUGAUCGAAUUCUGCGCAAACUCGAAGACAUCGAUGAUGAUUUGCCCAACGCGAACUUCUUGAAAACCAAUGACGUUGAAGAAAUCGCCGCCGAAUAUAACUUAGAACAACUCCCAAUGCUGGCUCAUUUUAAAAAUGGGAUCCAAACAGUCUUUUAUGGAGACCUGAAAGAAAUGGACUUAGUGAAUGUAUGGCUUCAGGAAUGUCUUUCUCAAAAAAUUGAUCCCUACGUUGAAGUUACCUAAAUUUUGAAACACCAAACGUCGAAAGAAUCGAUCAUUUCUUGUGCAUCAUCUUUACUUAAGCAUGGUGCUUGAUAUUGUUAUGAGUGUGCAUUUUGCUUACAUGCCAAUAUCCUGUUUAAUAAGAUAUUUUUAACCUA